AUGACAAAAUUCAGACCGUGCAUCGAUCUACACAGCGGCGUCGUCAAGCAGAUCGUUGGCGGUACUCUAUCGAACGAUCCCGCGGCGUUACACACCAACUUUGUCGCAGAGAUGGCUCCAGCAGAGUACGCGCGACUUUACCACGAUAACGGGCUUAUCGGCGGACACAUAAUAAAAUUAGGCGCAGGAAAUGACGAUGCAGCCCUCUCCGCCGUCGCAGCGUGGCCCGACGCGAUGCAUGUAGGCGGUGGGAUUAAUGACGCUAAUGCAGAGCAGUGGAUUGUGGCCGGUGCAGAGAAGGUUAUCGUAACUAGCUUCCUCUUCCCAGACGCUUCUUUCAGCUUAGAGAGGCUGCGCAGUGUAUCCCAGUCUGUUGGAAGGCACAGACUCGUCGUGGAUCUCAGUUGCAGACGUCGUGAUAAUCGCUGGGUGGUAGCCAUGAACAAAUGGCAGACCCUCACCGAUAUGGAGGUCACACAGGAUUCUAUCAGCUUGAUUAGCCAGUUUUGCUCAGAAUUCCUCAUCCACGCUGCCGAUGUAGAGGGUUUGUGUAAUGGGAUCGAUGAGGAUUUGGUGCAGAAGCUCGGCGAGUGGGUUAGUAUACCAACUACAUACGCUGGCGGUGCUAAGCACAUUGACGAUUUGGACCUAGUGAACACCCUAUCACAUGGCAAAGUGGAUCUUACGUAUGGAAGCGCACUUGAUAUCUUUGGCGGCACUCAGGUCAAGUUCGAUCAGCUAGUGGAAUGGAAUAGGAAAAGCAGUUAG